AUGAAGAAGCUCUGCGUGAUCUUCGAGUCCCUUGUUAACCCUAAAAACUUGGGCAUAGCAGAUGAUGUGUCUCUAUGCACAGCCUGUGAUUCAGAGGUUCACUCCGCAAACCCUCUUGCAAGAAGCCAUCAGCGAGUUCCAGUUCUGCCGAUAACUGCUGGAAAUUCUUGCAGCUCCUUGGUCACCACUCACCAAACAUCAAUGACUGAUCCAGAGAAGAGUCUGGUGUUAGUUCAAGAGGAUGCCAAAGAGACGACUUCAUUGUUGUUCCCUAAACACAGUGACAAUCACAAUAACAAUUACAAUAACAAUUACAAUAACAAUAACAAGAACAAUGAGUUAUUGUUUAAUGAUGACUAUCCAGACCUUGCUGAUUACAGCUCGAGUAUGGACUACAAAUUCGCUGGUCAAUACAAUAAACAUAAGUGUGGAUCAGGUUCAGCCAAACUCCAAGUGGGCUUUCUUCUUCUAAGGCCCAUCAGCUUCAUUCCCGAAGCCUGCAUUUGA